ACGCAACUCUCCCCCGUCUCCCCGUAAAAAAAAAACUCACUCUCUCGGUCUCUCUUCCCCGAAGCCGUCAUGGCUUCCGCUGCCCCCUGCCCUCCGGCCGCCGGCACCACCGUCACCAGAGCCAGCAACAGCAAGCCACCGACCGCCGGAUCACACGCCAACCUCCUCCCCGCUUCUCCCUCCCCCGCGUCCCGUCUUCACCUCCCCCGCCUGCCCCCGCCACCUCCCCUCUCGUGCGACAACCACGCCCCCGUCCCCGCCACCACCUCCACCGUCUCCAGGAACCCCACCACCGCCACCCUCUACCCGUCCGAUGACUCCCUCGCCGCCAUGUCUCCGCGCGAGCAGACUGCCCUUCUCUCGCGGCAGCGCCACUGGCGCCGCGCCCACGACCUGUUCGACCGCGUGCGCGCGCUCCCAGGCUACGCGCCCAACCCUGUCCACUACAGCGUGCUCCUCCGCCACCUUGCCCGCGCGCGCCGGUGGUCCGAGCUCCGCCGCGUCUGGCUCAUGAUGUCCCGGGAAGACGCCAUCCCGCCCUCCAAUCCAGCUUACGCCUCGCUCGCCGAUGCCCUCGCCAAGGCCGGUUCGGCACAGGAAUCCCUCCUGCUUCUCCUGCACAUGCGCGCACUGGGUGUUGCCCCCGACGAGAUAUCCAUGAACACCUUCGUCCGUAUCCUCAAGAACAGUGGCCGCUACUCGGACGCACUCGUCCUUUUCAAUAACUGGUGCAUUGGCAGGUUCGAUGUUGAAUUUCUUCAUCUUGAAUACAGAGCGGUUGAUUUGCACGGGCCAAUGCAAUUCUUGAUAGACGACGUGUUUCAUGGUAAACUUGAUUCUGCUGGUGCAUUGGGCAUUCAGAAAGUUCCUUGGAAGCCAAAGCUUGUGGAAACUUAUAACACGAUGAUUGAUCUUUAUGGAAAGGCCGGGAGGCACAAGAAUGCGAUGGACAUGUUUGUGGACAUGCUGGCUUAUCAGGUUAUGCCAGACAUAUGUACGUUCAAUACAAUGAUCUAUGGAUUUGGGUCAUGUGGCAGCGUCAAGGAAGCAGAGGCGCUGCUAGCUAACAUGGUCGUCAGGGGGAUCACUCCAGAUAUUAGGACAUAUAAUGUGAUGAUGAUGCUGUUUGCGUCAAUGGGGGAUGCGGAGGGAGUUUUGAAAUACUACCAUCAAAUUGGGAGGAUCGGGUUAUGCGCUGAUGCUGUGAGCUAUAGGAUUGUGCUACAGGUGCUAUGUGAGAGGAAGUUGGUGCGUGAAGCAGAAGAUGUGAUAGAAGGAAUUAUCAAGUCUGGCACUAGCAUCCAUGAACAGUCCAUGCCAGUUGUCAUGAAGAUGUAUAUUGAUCAGGGAUUGCUUGAUAAGGCAAAUGCAUUCUUUGAAAGGCAUUGCAGAGGCGAGGAGGUUUCAUCCAAGAAUUUUGCUGCCAUCAUGGAUGCAUUUGCAGAUAGGUGUCUUUGGGAAGAAGCCGAGCAUAUUUUCCACUGUGAUAGAGGGAUUGGGGGCAAGAGGGAGAUAGUGGAAUAUAAUGUGAUGGUCAAGGCUUAUGGUUUGGCAAGAAAAUAUGAUAGAGUCAUUUCUCUACUUGAAAACAUGAAGGGCUCUGGCAUCUCACCAGAUGAGUGCACUUACAAUUCCUUAAUUCAGAUGUUUUCUGCCGGUGGAUUUCCACACAGAGCUAAGAAGCUCUUGCAUAAAAUGAAGGACACAGGAUUUAAACCGGUGUGUGAGACAUACUCUGCUGUUAUGAGAGCUUAUUCUCUCAAUUCCUUGGCAUCUGAAGCUAUAGAUCUGUACAGUGAAAUGAAGGCCUCAGGUGUCGAACCAAAUGUGGUUGUUUAUGGUUUGCUGAUUAAUAUGUUUGUGGAGACAGGACAAGUGGAGAAGGCACUGCACUAUAGCAACUUGAUGGAAGAAUCUGGAAUCACUCCAAACCAUAUUGUCUUAACUUCGGUUAUCAAGGCCUACAGCAAGAUCAAUUGCUGGAAGGAAGCGCAGGAUUUGUAUACAAGGAUGAGGAACAUGGAUGGUGGCCCUGAUAUCAUUGCCUCGAAUACCAUGCUAAACCUGUAUGCAAAACUUGGGAUGGUCAUUGAGGCUAAGGCAAUCUUUGACAAUUUGAGGAGAAAUUAUCAGGGGGAUGAUGUUUCAUACAUUAUUAUGAUAUUUCUCUACAAGAACAUGGGCUUGCUUAACGAGUCUAUUAAGAUUGCUCAUGAAUUAGAUAAUUCAGGCUUACUAUCUGACUGUGCUGCAUAUAAUGCUGUUAUGGCAUGUUAUGUGGCCAAGGGCAACUUGAGAGAAUGUGCAGAGCUGGUGCAAAAAAUGGUGGAAAAUAACACCUUUCCAGAUGCGUCAACCUUUCAGAUGAUAUUUUCUGCAGUGAAUAAAAUUAAUAUUUCAUCAGAGGAAGUUUUGCAGUUAGAAUCAGCAUACAGUGAUGGCAGGAGUUCUGCCAAGCAUGCUAUACUUGCAUUCUUGUUUUCCAUGGCCGGCAUGCAUGCUGCUGCAUUAAAUAUCUGUGAGCAACUUUCAAGGCCUGAGUUGACAAUUGAUCCAUGUGCAUACAAUGUUGCCUUCAAGGUGUAUGCUUCCUGUGGAGAGGUGGAUAAAGCUUUCAGUUUGUUCAUGCGGAUGCAUGCUUUAGGGCUAAAACCGGACACUGUUACUUGCAUCGAUUUGUCAACUUGUUAUGGGAUAUCUGGAAUGUCAGAAGGCAUGAGAAGGAUAAGUGGUCUUCUUGCAUACAGAAACAGUGAGUUUAGUAAGUCUUUACAUAAAGCACUGGUUUCCUAUAGAGAAACUGGAAGCAAUGAUCUUGCUGCUCAGUUAGUCACAAAUGGGAUGUUAAGAUAGUUCACCUCGUGUGACCUGGUAAGCUCACAAGGUGAUGAUGACUUUGUUGUGGUAAUGUAAUUGAUUAUUGGAGGUGACACAUAUUUGCUUCAAGAUAUAAAAAAGAAGGGGAUCAGAAAUAUUAAUGAGAUUGACGAUUGGAGUUAAGGGUCGGGCAUGCCCAUGGCUGAUGGCUCCAUGCUAAGUGUGGACAACUGCCGCAUGGAAGCUGCAGUUCUGUGGAUGAAGGCAUUCUCAAGUCCAUCCGUGUGGUAACUGACGUCAUAGAGUCUCUUGUGAAGAGAGUGAUUGUGGCCGAGUCUGAAACUGCUGACGAGAAAGGAAUGUGAGGAUUAGGUUGGAAGAGAUCAGGAGGAAGACCACACAGGUUGAGUCCAUGUCGGUGACAGUCGAGGAGAUGGAGAAAUUUGCAGUGGGUACAAAUGGUAUGCUGAAUGAAAUCUCAUAGGGUUGAAGAUAUGGGGCUGGAGACCACACGACAGAGGCAGCGCACUGCUGAAAAUGAGCAGGAGCUUAAUCGUGUGAAGAAUGACUUUGACUCGCUCGGAACUUAUGUGAGCACACUCGUUAGUGUCAGAGAAAAUCUUCUUCCAUCGGAGAAGUAAUUUGAGACAAUGGAGAAGAUUUUUGACAGUGGUCAACAAGAUGCAGAUAGACUUGGGUAAGUCUAGAAGUCUGAUUUUCUGCUGGUCUGCCUUUGCACAGAAAGAAGCGGAGGUCCAGAAGGACUAACCAGCUCGAGACUGAGAAAGCACAGAAAGAAGUCGAGGUCCAGAAGGCGAUGGAGGAAAACGUGAGGCUACGUGCCAUGGUCGACAAGAAGGACGCUCAGCUCCAGGAGAUGAGCGAGCAGUGCAAGUUCAUGGAUUUGAACCAUCCAAACUUGUGGAAGACAGACACACCAGAUAAGAAACCUGCACUUGUCCAACUGAUGUCACUUACAGUUAUAUUGCCGCGGCAGCGGAAAAUACAUAUAUCCCUGGAUGUCCCGAAUAACCGAUGGUGAUACAAUGUUUCGGGGUCUGUGAUUCCUGGUGCGAAACCAAAUCGUGAACUGUUGUUAUCUUAGACGUGGUGUGUCGUAAUCGCAACCCUGACAUACAUUUGUUGUACCUUGAGUGUGUAAAGGCUGGGCGCAUUUGCCCGGUUGGUUUCGUAAGUCCAUAGAGACGACACAGCACUUUGGGGGAUGCUUUGUUUGAACUUUGCUGUUGCAUUA